AUGCCCAGGAUCCCAGUCCGCGUGGAGCCGUAUAGCUCGCCGUCACGACAGCACCGGCACUACAAGAACAAGCGCGACCAGGUGCUGAGGGCGCUGGGCAAGGCCGCCUACAUCAAUGGCAGCCACUUUGCCAUCAUGUGGGUCUCGGCACGCGGCGACGUCGAGACCUACGCCAGCGAGGCGCUCCAGAGCCGGCUCGACGACUGGUUCGUGAAGGGGGGCAUCGCCGAAGAGGCAAAAGACCUCGUCACGGGCACGACCAACCACAGCGAGGCAAGCCCGUCCAACGAGGGCGAGUCGAGCGGCCUCCGGCGCGGGGAGCUUUCCGACGGCGGUGAAGACGACGACGACGAACAGUACGAGGACGACGACUCGCCGGAUCAGCGCGCCUCCCCGUCGCCGGAACGGCAUGCCUUCCAGCUGUCGGCAACAGCCAGCGACGACCCUUUCCUCGACAGCAGCAGCACCGCGGGGAAACGGUCUGCCGCUGGCUCGUCGAAGCUCGAGAGGGCCUUCCGGUCGCACCGCAAGGCCAUUGCACCGCUCGAUACGGGCAUGGCCAACAACCUCUACCUGCGUUCAAAGGAAGGCGCCAACGACGGCGGCGAGGGCGCCACCAACACGCGCCGCGGGUCGCUGGCCGUCGCCACCGCCAACCUCGGCGAGCUUGCCCAGCCGCCCAAGUCUGCCCCGCUGCCGUCCAACGAGUUCCGCGACGCGCUGCUGAGCGGGCCGCGCACCUCGACGCCGCACCAGUCUCGACUGGGUCUGUCUCGCACUGCCUCCAACAGCCACCCGCCGCAGUUUGAGAUCCGCCUCGAGAACGAGGCGUCGCGAACCGCCUUUCUCGAGCUGCGCUUCGGCCAGCUGCAGCAGGGCGUGUGCAAGACGGUGGCCAAAGCCUGGAUCAAGAUCAUCGAGCCCAAAAAGCAGACGCGGUGCCCGUACAACAAGGGCGAGGAGGGCAAGCCGAGCUGGUGGCCCGACGGCGUCCGACACAAGGAGCCCGACCAUCUGAUGAAGCCAGAGAGGCACUCGCUGCUGCUCACCAUCCUGCGGUCGCCCAAGGUGCAGGUGGCGCGCCUCCAGCUGGCCACGGCCGAGGUGGUGGCGCUCAUCAAGGCCGACAAGGUCAGCCUGCUGAUGGACGUGUACCGCAUCGCCAGGGAGGAGGAAAAGAUGCGCGAGGCAAAGGUCGACAUGGACACGCCCAUGACGGUGGGCGUCUCGACGCUCGACGGCUGGUCGGAGUCGGAGCAGGGCCCCACGUCGGACGGCCUGCACAUUGCGCGCUCCGUCUCGCCCGAGCCCAAUGAAAAGGCCAGCGUCGGCAUCUCGGCCAGGAAGCGCACGCUGGCCCAGACGACCAUGGCGCGCUCCGCAUCCACCUCGGCCGUGUCCGCCAACAAGCGCCGCUCGAUCGCGGUGCCGAGCGAUGCGGCUGGCCCACAGGUGCCGGGACGGGGUGGGGAGACGAUGGCGCGGACGGCCUCGGCCUCCAACCUCAGCACCAGCGCUUGCGGACCGACGGAAAGGCCCGUCGAGGCGAGCAGCACCCAACGCGACCAGCAGCAGCAACAACAGCACCAGCAGCAGCAGCAACAGCAGCAGCAGCAGGCCAACGCGCACGCCGCCUCGGUGGCGGCGUCGAUGGCAGCGGCCUCUGGCGCCGGCGUGUCGACGCAGUACGAUCAGGCGUCCGGCUACCAGCAGGUCCACGGCCUCGUGACGCCCCUCACCGGGAGCGCUCAGCUCAUGGACCCGGCCUACAUGGCGGCCGCCACAUCGCACGCGGGCGACCUGUCUCAGCCACCAUAUCCCUACCCGCUCUUUUACGGUGCUCACGACGUGCAGGCUGGGCGAGCCAGCCAAGGCGCGCUCUUUGGCUACCCGGACAUGGGGCAACCCGCUCAUCCUGGAGUGCACCCGCAGACGCUUGGAUCCGCGACGGCCCUGGGGCUCCACGACGUGCCGGUGCCCAACGACCAGCACGGCUGGAGCUCGGUGGCCGGGCUGCCGAUGCACGCGCACCACCUCAGCAACGUUGAUCUGGGCGACCUGAGCCAGGCGCAGUGGUCGGGCCACGGCACGCCCUCUGGACCCAGCGUGGGCGAGGCGUCGUUCAACACCAGCUUCGAUUCGUCCGGCCCGCGCACGCCCAGCCCGGUCGACGGGCAGCUCAGGCUCAACCUCGGCGCGGGCCAUGACAACCACCACCAUCAUCAGCAUCCGCCGCAUCCGCAGCAGCCCUCCUCACAGCAUCACCACCAAAACGCCGGCAAGCGGGCCGAAGGAGCCCUGGCGCAGUACGGCGUGCCUGGGCUCGAAUCGAUGCACGGCAUGAUGCAGGACCAGAACGCCGUCAACUUUGACGCCUGGGUCCGCUCGCAGGCUAUGCAACAGCAGCAGCAGCAGCAGCAGCAGCCGCAGCCGCAGCAAUAG